UAUGGUGUCUACAUUCUCUGGUCGAUACAACACCCUGCUGGAAGCAGUGAGACGAUAAGACGAAGACGGGGUGUUAGAAACAACCACCGUCGCCGUUGCUCUCGACUGUGAUUGUCUCUUUGUGAACAAAGAGUUGGGUGACAGUGGAUAAUUAUCGCGGAAGUUGCAAUAACUAUAAAUAUAUGUAAUUCUUGUGCGAAAUUGUAUCAAUUAUCUUAAACGUCAACCUUGCUCAGUAAUGAAUGGAGGAAAUGGUGAAAUAGAUAACAUAUAGAAAGAAGCUUGUAUCGGUAGCUUCCAUAUAAAAACCAAAAGAGUGGGUAAUUCUUCCUUAUAUGAGCAAGGGUAUACUUAAAUUCUAACGAAUUUCAAGAUGUCGAAGAACAAGUUGAACCUAACCUUACCGCCUGGCUCUAUUGAGCCCGCGAUGCCGUUGUCUCCAGCCGUGCAGAUCUCCACUGAGCCCCCUUCCGAAAGAAGUACUCUCGUGGGCAAAACCAGCAUUGAAGUCCUGCAGGAGCGACUCGAAGAAUUGGAGAUGGACGACACACAACGAAAGCGGAUGGAAUUUUUUCUGUGUCAGAAGGAAAAAGUUGGUGAUCUUAGUGAUGACGACUUUGAGAAACUGGGAGAAUUAGGGGCAGGAAAUGGUGGUGUUGUCAUGAAAGUCAGACAUCGGUCUAGUGGGCUUAUAAUGGCGAGAAAGCUCAUCCAUUUAGAAGUAAAGCCUGCUAUCAAGAAGCAAAUAAUCCGAGAACUGAAAGUCCUCCAUGAGUGUAAUUUUGCUCAUAUUGUUGGAUUUUACGGUGCAUUUUAUAGUGAUGGAGAAAUCAGCAUUUGCAUGGAGUACAUGGAUGGAGGCUCCCUGGACCUGAUCCUCAAAAAAGCUGGAAGGAUUCCUGAAUCUAUUCUUUGUACUAUUACAUCUGCUGUGCUGAAAGGGCUGAGCUACUUGCGGGAUAAACAUGCCAUUAUGCAUAGGGAUGUUAAACCAAGCAAUAUUUUGGUAAAUAGUGCAGGUGAAAUUAAAAUAUGUGAUUUUGGAGUGUCUGGUCAGCUAAUAGAUUCCAUGGCAAAUUCUUUUGUUGGUACUAGAAGUUACAUGUCGCCUGAAAGAUUACAAGGGACUCAUUACUCUGUUCAGAGUGACAUUUGGUCUCUGGGUCUUUCACUGGUUGAAAUGGCCAUUGGAAUGUACCCCAUCCCUCCACCUGAUGCGAAGACACUCGCUGCCAUUUUUGGAUCUCAGCGCUCAGAUCACAUUGAUGGCUCUCUUCCCCAGUCUCCACUUCAUGGGAAUUACCAAUCAGGGGGCUCUAAUGGUCCACGGCCCAUGGCUAUUUUUGAACUUCUUGACUAUAUAGUGAAUGAACCACCUCCCAAGCUGCCUGCAGGAAUUUUUACAGAUUCUUUUAAGGACUUUGUGGAUAGUUGCUUGAAAAAGAAUCCUGCUGAAAGAGCAGAUUUGAAAACAUUAAUGAAUCAUGAAUGGGUUCGAAGAGCAGAAUCUGAAAAUGUUGAUAUUGCCGGUUGGGUUUGCAAAACAAUGGAUCUGGUACCCCCCACCACACCUACUAGAGCUGCACCCAACUUCUAAAUGUGUCUGCUGUACUGACUCCAAUAUGAUGGCUGAGGCUAGCUGAACAAUGGAGCAAGUCUUCUACUUCACAUGUUACUUCGUUCCCUGUGCAUUUCUGAGCGAUUGAGAAAAAAAAUGUGUGUUUGCAUUUUUGAAAGGGAGAAAGUGAGAGAGAUUAGAAUGUGUAUGAAUGGGAAGAGUGCACAUUGAUGUGUAUAUCUGUUAUGUCACUGUUAAGUGUAUUGAAGAAUUAAGUGCAAGUUUCAAAUUUUUUAUUGCCUGUUCCAAGGAAAAUUACAGUACUUUUAUAUACAUUUAAAGCUUAGAAUAGGUAAUAAUCAGCAAAAUGUUGUAGAUAUUAGAGAUUUUUCUUCAUGGGUAAAGGUGUAUUGAAGGAAUAUCAGUGACCAAGGAUAGGGGUGCCUUUUCAUAUUAUUAGUGAAUAUUAAAAGAAUACAUAAAUCCAUCUGCUGUUGUGAUUGUUAGCACAUCUGUGCUCUGUUUCCUAGUUAGUGUGUUCAUUAUAUGUGCAACCAGAGAAGAGAUACAACAGCAUUAAAAUAUAGAUAUUAAAAGAAUUUUAUUCAUCUUCACAUGUGAAGUUUUGUUUUUACUAGUAAUAUCUUAUUUAUUUUAUGUAUGCUGCAUUGGAAAUGUGCUUACAAAGAAGGCGGCAGUGACACAAGUCUGAUAACAUUUUUUUAAAAAUUUUUGUUUAAAAUGUGAAUGUUGCAUUGAUUUGAGUUUUGAAAUGUUUUUGUACAGGUAAUCAUUUUAACAGAAUUGUUAUUGGAUAUUCCAGUUAUUGCUUGAUUGCAAAGUUGGCCAUGGUAUUGUGAAUAAAAGUUCACUGAAUAGUACUUCUGUGAAGCAUUAGUAGUUACUGAAAAUUUUUUGAUUCAUAGAUACCAAAAAUGGUUUUCUUGAGAGCAGUAAAAUAAAACCUUUAUGUGUAAAGCCUCAUCUUAAUUCUAAACAUUUAAUUGCUUUUCUAAGGUAUUGUUGAAUAUGCUAUAGGUACUGAUGUCAUAUUUGAUAUUCUUGUAUUAUUUUCAAUGUCAAUAUUGGAUGUGUAUAAAACUGCAAAAGAUAGUUCUUAAUAUUAUCCAUAUUCUGAUUCCUGAACCUGGAAGUUGGAGGAUUCAGUAACCUGGCCAAUGAUUUGAAAUUAAAAAUAAUUAUUAUAAAAUAAAGCUAAAUGUGGUUUGCAUUUGACUUCCACAGUACUUUUACAAUAUCAAUGCCUUAUGCUGGAUUGAAACCAGCAACCCUUCGGUCCUUGCGGUAUGGCUACCUGGUCAGCACUUCUCUGCAGGGGAGGUUUCCUGGACACGUGAGCUGUAGCUGGAAGCUACUCAUUCAGAGUUGUAUUGGGUUGCAAUUGACCAAAGAUGUGUCCUGUAUGUGGAUGUUUCCAGAUUUA